AAAAGGAAGAGCAAUAACAGGACCAGAUCUAGACAUCCAUGCACAAGAACAAGUUUCGGAGGGGGGAAACGAAGGAAUCAGCGAGGAAAUGUGGGACGAGCUUUGCAGCUUGGAGGGGCUCGUUGAUCAGAAUGUGAACAAGGAGCAGGAGCAGGAGCAGGAGCAGGAGCAGGAGCAGGAGCAGGGGCAGGAAGACAAGGAGAACAGCAGCAUACACAAACGCAGGAACCAACGUGGUGGCCAUCUUGAACAAAAAAUCUUAUACAAAACAUGUCGCUCACAAGAACCUCAAUGUGAAGUCACAGCAGCAUCAGACGACGGUUUGGAACUCAGGAGGGCUCAGGACGAGGCUAAUUCCUCGAGCAAAAACAACUUACCUCUUCCUGAAAUCCUCGAACGAAUGAACAGAACCUGUGAGAAAGCAUUCUACCAUCUCUCUCAGAUCUCCAAGGCAAGGCUGUCAGGCUCAACAUGGAUCCAGGGGUUGAAGGUAAAGAAGGUGAUCAAGAAGUAACAAGACAUGUCGACGUGAAGGUGGACAACAGCCCUGACGUCCUAGACACAGUCGAAACAUAGGAGAAGAGCAGCAGCUACGGGGCAGGAGGAGGAGGAGGAUAAGUGAAGCUUGUCAAGAAGGUGGCUGUACAUGUU